AUGCACGAAGCAUCUGUUUACAACUCUCAUGCUGAAUUUAAGACUUCGGAUUAUUUGGACGUUACGAAUAAUUCUUCCUCCACUCGUUCAACCGUUGAAGGAGCUUCUUCAUUUUCCUCUUGGUUCGGAACAUCAAGAACUGAUCAACAGCAUCAACAACGAAUUUAUACUCGGCAUCAAUAUUACGCGAAUGGGAUUGAAAAAUUGGAGGAAAUUACAGCAGUGAUGAUUGUUCUACAUGGAUAUGGUGAACAUUGUACUUGUAAAACGAUACAGAAAAUUGCUGGAAUUAUGAAUCAGGAAAAUAUUGUCGUCUAUUCGUUCGAUAUUAGGCUUUUCAAUAAGUGUACUCGAGUAGUAACUGUUUCCUCAACCACGUGUAGUCAUGAAAAAGAUAUAAAUGAAGCAAAUAAUCAAGAAAGCAUUCAAAAUAUAGAGGAAAUUAGAAUGAAUAUUGAUUUUGAACAAGCUCUCGAGGAUAUUGCAUCAGCUAUUGAGGAUGUUUCUGUCUGUUUUCCUGCUUUUCAAUUUCCAAAUUUGAAAAUUCUUCUCUUUGGUUACAGUUUUGGAGCAACUUUGGGAAUGCAAUUUCUGACGAGUUCAAAAUUUGAGAAAAUUCCUGACAAGAGAUUGAAUGGCUUGAUUUUAGUGUCACCUUUUAUUUACAAUUGUAAUGGCUUGGAAGAGAAUGAUUCUCAACAUCACUCGAAAACACCCGAAGUACCUUCAGAAUCAUCUUCAUGGUCCUUAUAUUUCUUGAAAAAAGCAAGUUAUUGGCUUCCAAAUUAUCAAGUUCUGCAUUUCGAUAAGGAUACUAUUAAGAAGAAAUUUUCAGAAGAUUUGGAAUUAUUGGAAAUGCUCGAGAAUGAUCCAGUCAUUAGAGAGAACUCUUCCAUGUCAACAACAUCACACACUACGUAUUUACUUCCGCCAUUUACUGCCAAUUUCGCUCAACGAACUUUGGAAGCUUUAAAGGAAAUUGAGAACGCAUUUUCAGAAAAAGGUCCAAUUCAUACUGAGCAAAGCGUGUCAGCUGUUCGAAGGAGUCACAACUUGCGAGUUCUGUUCAUGCAUGGACGUAACGAUACAUUAUCUCCUGCAGCGAAUAGUAGCGUCAAGUGGAAUCAAGAGUUGAAUCGACACCACGAGUUUUCUACCAUCUCUCAAUUGAUCCUGUAUGAAAAUCGAAAGCAUUACUUUUUGCUCGAUCGAGACAGUGAGAAUGUAUUUGGAGACAUUUUACAAUUUAUCAAACAACAGUGUUUGCAUGAUAGGUCAUCGACGUCCAAUUAG